ACGUGUGACCUGUCUCUGGCCUUGGCGUGUACCGGGGUGCUGCUAGUUGUCGCUGCCCGCCGGUUGUCGGAUUUUGUUGACGGUAUCUAUCUGGUGCUUCUGCCCGACGGGUCGGCCGGUAACCUGGAAGCCGCUGGUCGCGCAGCUGAGCCACAAUGCUGAAAUGUAGGACUGCAUGGAAUAAGCUUGCACCUCUUGCUAGAAACUCCUCAACAGUGUGCCGGCAGAAUGUGAGAAGAUCAGGACUGAACAGCGUCAGAACGCCAGCAUGCGUCCCCACGGCUCACAUGUCCACUGGCCCGGCAGGCGGAGGGAAAGAAAACUCCAUCUAUGCCCUCCUGGUUGGUGUGGCGUCCGUGGGUGGCAUCGCAUACGCUUACCAAACACUAAAGGGAGACCAGAAAAGAUAUGAAGAGCGUAUGGCAGAACUUGCAUCCAGGCCUCAUAAAGUAACAGACACACCAGCCCAGCCAGAGCCUCCUGCUGUCAUUGAGCCAGAACAAAAAGCUCCUGAAGCCGAAGCAGAAGCAGAAGCAGCACCGACUGAAACAAGUGCACCGCCUACAGCAGAUGAGCCUGUGGCUGAAGCCGCACCAGAAGAGACAGGAGCACCACUCACUCCACCUGUAGUUGAGGAGGCAGGAGACGCCGCACCUUCCCCUCCCAAGAUCCCCUCACACUCCCCCUACCUGCUCAUUGGAGGGGGCACCGCCUCUUUCGCCGCCGCCCGGUCAAUCCGUGCCAGAGACCCCGGUGCCAAGGUUCUGAUUGUGACUGAUGAGCCGGACCUCCCAUACAUGAGACCGCCUCUCUCCAAAGAGCUGUGGUUCUCUGACGACCCCAGUGUGACAGAAACGCUGCGUUUCAAACAGUGGAACGGGAAAGAAAGAAGCAUCUACUUCCAGCCGCCUUCAUUCUACAUAAAUCCAGAAGAUCUAGAAAGUGCUGAGAAUGGAGGAGUUGCUGUUCUCCUGAGCAAAAAGGUGGUGCACAUGGAUGUUAGAGGAAACAAAGUGAAACUAGACGAUGGUACUGAAAUUUCAUACGACAAGUGCUUGAUUGCUACAGGCGGCGUGCCGAGAAACCUGCAGGUCAUUGAAAGAGCCGGAGAGGAGGUCAUGAGCAGGACGACCUUAUUCCGCAAGAUUGAAGACUUCAAGUCACUGGACAAGGUCUCUAGAAAUGUAAAGUCAGUCACGAUCAUCGGCGGCGGCUUCCUGGGCAGCGAGCUGGCCUGCGCCCUCGGCAGGAAGUCAACCGAGUCUGGCCUGGAGGUUAUCCAGAUGUUCCCUGAGAGGGGCAACAUGGGGAAAGUGUUGCCUGAGUAUCUGAGCAACUGGACAACAGAGAAAGUCAAGAGAGAGGGAGUGAAAAUCAUAUCAGAAGCGUUGGUGAAAUCCGUGGCCUGCAAGGAUGAUAGAUUAGAAAUCUUGUUGAAAGAUGGCCGACUGGUGAAAACCGACCACAUUGUCGCAGCUGUUGGCCUGGAGCCCAACGUUGACCUCGCUAAAUCAGGCGGCCUGGAGGUGGACUCUGACUUCGGGGGUUACCGGGUCAACGCCGAGCUGCAGGCCAGGUCCAAUAUCUGGGUGGCGGGAGAUGCUGCCUGUUUCUACGACAUCAGGUUGGGCCGCAGACGGGUGGAGCACCACGACCACGCCGUCGUGAGCGGCAGGCUAGCAGGAGAGAACAUGACCGGCGCCAGCAAACCGUACUGGCAUCAGUCGAUGUUCUGGAGUGACCUUGGACCCGACGUAGGCUACGAGGCCAUCGGCAUCGUCGACAGCAGCCUGCCCACCGUGGGAGUGUUCGCCAAAGCAACCGCAAAGGAUACACCGAAAGCUGCCACAGAGGAGUCAGGGACUGGGAUUCGAUCAGAAAGUGAGACGGAGGACACGGCCACCAGCCCAGUGGCCUCCACAGCCCCCGCUCCCGUCGUGGGCCACAAAGACGACUACGGAAAAGGAGUCAUCUUCUAUCUGCGAGACAAAGUGGUGGUGGGCAUCAUACUGUGGAACGUGUUCAACAGGAUGCCCGUCGCGAGGAAGAUCAUCAAGGAUGGAGAGGAACAUGCGGAUCUCAACGAAGUGGCCAAGCUGUUCAACAUCCAUGAGGAUUAAGAUGACCGAGGCUCGUGGGCGAGAGUUACGCUUCACUGGAAGACUGAACUCUGACUGUCACUUCCACAUCCUUUAAGACAAGGCCGGUCAUGCAUACCAAAUGAGAGGAUCAAUGUAAAUUAUACCAUGUCGCUGAAGUAUUUUCAUAUUUGGAAUUUGUAUUUGCAGGGCUUUUGUUCUCGUCCGUUUUCUUUCUUUGUUUUCCUUUUAAGACAAAAUCAUCUUCUCAUCUUCCGUCACCUGGACACGAGCCCGACUGUCCAUCAGUUUGUUUUUUUCCCCCCCAUCAUGUUGAAAAUGUUGCACAUGGACUGUUGUUCCCCUCUGUGUGUGAUCAGAGCAGCUUGCUCUCAGUAAAGCUGUAAUAAAAGCUAUUUUUAAACCGGA